AUGGGAAUAACUCAAGAUAUAGACGUGAAUUGGGAUCUUCCAAUAUCAUCAUUACGCAUCACUUCACGGAUAAGAUUGUGACAACCGGCGAAGACAUCAGUUUAGAAUGUACCGCUACGUCAGACAAGCCACCUCGUUUUAUUUGGGAGAGGGACGGAGUCGUUAUAUCAUCAAAUACAGACUCAAGAUACAUACUUGGGCAAAUGAUGUCAGCGACGGGUGUUGGUGUGAUCUCCCAUUUUAAUAUAUCCAGGGCUCGGGUGGAAGAUGGGGGGCUAUACUCUUGCGUAGCCUAUGAGGGUGAUACCAGUACAAGUCACGUGGCUCGGGUGGACGUUUUUGGUCCUCCGUAUAUUAGAACCUUGCCGCCCAUCAAAGUGCAAAGUGGGCAACCGCUGAAAUUACGCUGCCCUUACUACGGUUAUCCUAUAAGUAAACUUGAAUGGGAACACAAAGGGAAGAAAAUUGUCAACUCGAUGCUGCCCCAGCAUUCGCGUUACAAGCGGUCACCCUUGGCCGCGAAAGGUCGAACGAAGGCCCGAAAGAAGAGAAAGAAACGACAACUGUUCGAGCCGGUGGAAGAUGGCGUGUUGCAUUUACCAAGGGUACUCAAGGAGCAGAACGGGGAAACUUACACCUGCAUUGUGUACAGUCCCUCAGGUGAAAUGGCCAGAAGAUCAUUUGAGAUUCAGGUGGUUGAAGCGCCUGCAUUAGACGAGCUUCGGGUCGGUACAGGAUUGAAAGAGGGUCAGAUAGUACAGAUUACGUGCAACAUUAUCAGUGGAGAUCCACCAAUUUUCUUCUCCUGGCUCAAAGACGGCAUGAAGAUUCCAGCCAGUUUAAAAAUAAACGAGCGGAGUUCGGAACUUUUCAGCGUUUUGAUCAUAAAAAGAGUUGCAUUGGAACAUUGUGGGAAAUACACGUGCAUUGCAACAAAUCACGUAGGGAAAGUGAAUCAAACGGCAGAUCUUUAUAUUAACGUUGCACCGAAAUGGGUUGAAGAACCAACAAACACCUCUUUACUAUUAGGACAGCGUGGAGUGAUUUACUGCAAUGCAAAUGGAUACCCAACUCCACAAAUACAUUGGAUGAAGAGAGACGCGACUCUCGGAAUAUGGAGGCCUGUGCUGGACCUCGCUGGUGGCGGGGUCAUCAGUUACCCCAACGGCACAUUAGUCAUUGAAGUGGUGUCGCUAUCCGACGAAGGAGUUUAUGCAUGCAACGUGGAAAAUGGCGUAGGGGAAGCGCUCAAUAAGAAUUUGUGGAUAAGCGUUAAUAAGCCGGUGCAUUUUGAAUCCGUGGGCACCAACCUGACGACUAAAUUAGGGUUGCCCGUAACGUUACCCUGCCGUCCGCUUGGUGACAACCCUAUCAGAGUUAAGUGGACAGUUGACGGGAAACCGGUGGAUUUUACGACUUCCAGGGUCACCGUAUCGGAAAGUGUAAACCCUAACGGCAUUAAAAGUACUAUUAGCAUUAAUUACGUCGAAAGCCGAGAUGGUGGAUCGUAUGAGUGCAGGGCGAGUAAUCCCUACGGCGUGGCAACAUAUUUAAUUCACCUGGAUAUUUUAGAACCUCCAACGCCACCUAUGGACCUACAAGUGGAUUCGGUGUCGAGUGAUUCUGUAAAACUGUCGUGGAGAGACACAAUCAGUACGCAUGUCCAAUAUUACACUAUUCAAUAUGCAACUAACGCCUACAUGCUGUGGGACUCCGGAAAAAGUAUCAACAUCACAAGACAAGAAAAUGACAUAAGGCAAAGUAUUGAACUUCGUGAUUUGCAACCCGCUGUGGAUUAUAGGGUUCGAAUAGCAUCAGGAAACCAAGUGGACGUUAGUCCAUUCACGCAGCCAGUACACUUCACUACAAUGCAAAAAGCUCCAUCGACCAGUCCAAUAAGCGUACAAGUGCAGUCGACUGACAACCCGGGGGAGCUGAUUGUAUCGUGGAUUGCCCCACCCAGAGACACGCAUAACGGACCCCUCCAAGGAUAUCACGUGAAAGCUGUUCCAAGAACAGCUGGUGAUUCAGGGCCGAACGAUACGCAUACAAAAAUGGUGAAGGUGACCCCAAGAAAUGGGAAACAGGAAACGAUUUUGAGCGGAUUGUUAAAAAAUACAAGAUAUGCUGUUUCGGUGAGCGCGUUCAACUCCGCUGGAGCUGGACCUUACUCUUUGGCGGUCUAUCAAACAACUAGAGAGGGAGCUCCUGAGCAUCCACCCGCCUCCGUUGAAUGUCGCGGCGUUUCAUCUUCCUCGUUACGUAUUGCUUGGCAAUCGAUCUCAUCACAAGGAACUUCUUUGCUCGGAUACACCAUACAUUACAGUACUGAAGACGGACCAUGGCUUAAUUUGACCUCACCACAUUCGGAGCUCUACCUCCAGGGGCUCCUGAAAUACACAAACUACACCAUCAAAGUAGCCGGUUUUUCCAGCUACGGUGUGGGACCAUUCUCUUAUCCUGUUAUCUGCACAACGCUGCAAGAUGUUCCCGGACCACCGUCUGCAAUUAAACUGCUGGUCUCGUCAGCGACCUCACUUCUUGCCAGCUGGAAGAAACCUGAUCAGCCCAAUGGAGAAAUAACCCAUUACACGGUCUACGUCAAACCUGUUUCAAGCACGGGUGCGCCCCAAAACUUUCGGGUGGAUGCCACCCAGGAGUCGAACCUCUCCCGUCAGUUCACAUUCCCCAUGACGGGAUUGUCGACGGGCAGACAAUACGAAGUAUUCGUGAGGGCACACACUCCAGCCGGCGAGGGCUCCCCCAGUAAUAGAGUCCACGCAGAACUAUCUUCAAAAGUUGUGGCGGGAGUGUCCUCUCUCGGUGGGCCGGUGUCCGUGGGGGUAGGUAGCUCUCUGCUGCUGGCGUGCUCGUGUGUGGGAUCACCACCACCGCGCACCGUAUGGUACCAUAACCAGAACAUCAUCACUCACCAUCCGCGAUUCACGAGGAACCACGACGACAGCCUGCUCAUUAACAAUAUCGACCAAUCGUUGAGCGGCAACUACACGUGCUUGGCUAAAAAUCUCUACGGUUCCGAUUCGGUAUCUUACGAAGUGUCAGUGUUGCCAACACCCGAACCGCCAAGCUUGAGAGUCACACCCCAUAAAAAUGCUCUACACCUACAGUGGGAUGCGCCGAGAAAAUUGAAUGGGAAAACGCAGAAAAUUGGUUAUAAUCUGACAUGGAAGGAGGCAAACGUAUCAUGGCAGGACUCUUGGUCUAACAAAGGGACAUCGCUACGCGACGUGUACGACUUUACGUUGCAAGGGUUGAAAUGCGGAACAAAGUAUUCCUUAAGGAUGACUGCAACUAACAGUGUUGGUUCCUCGCAACCCUCAUAUCUGGAUGCCACAACAUUAGGAGGAGUACCCAUUGCACCGACAACAACCGAAUGGUUUUGGAGUAAUGCUAGUCACAUUUAUAUUCAACUCAGUGGAUGGGACGACAACGGUUGCGAAAUUACAAAAUGGGACAUCGAUUAUAAAGAGUACGGCAGCAAAUUAUGGAGGAAAGCUGAAAACAGAUUGCCCCAGUUGGAUCAGACAUGGAACCAUUACAUCGCUUCGUCUAUAUUAAACCAGCCGAACACUUUCGUCAUAGCGGAACUUCUACCCGCACAGUGGUAUCAGAUUCGAAUCGUUGCAGAGAAUGCAGCCGGCAUUUCUACAUCGCUCUACACUUACGCCACGACUACAGUGUUAGGAGAAUUGAUCGGUCCCCCUUCUGACUUUAUCGACCUCAACAUGCUGGUAAUCAUUUGCAGUUCUAUCCUGCUGAUGUUGUGCUCGCUGGCAUGUGUGUACAUUUUGGUGAAAAGGCAUAAUCACCACCGAUUGACCGAGUAUCGCAACUCACUGACGGCAGAGUGCAAAUCAGAAAGAAGUAAUGUAACUGCCAAUACACCCCAAAGUGUACCCAGCGAAGUUAACAACAGAGUAUACAGUACCCCGGUGCAUCUGUCAGCAGAUAAUAAACACGAGCUGUACGAAAUCAGCCCAUAUGCUCAGUUUGCGAUUGGGUUCCGCACGUUUGGACAUGUCGAUAACCAAGAGAUACCUAGUAGAAUCCACAUUCCAGGCAAUAGUAAAUCUAGAUACGAUAGUGAGACGAGCUUCCAAAUGAGAUCGGAGUCCGAAGAGAGCGAUGGCGUUUCGCGAACUACUACGUUGAAAAGCGUUCCAAGAAAAACUUGCAGGAUACCACACCAUAGG